AUCUCCUGGUCCUCCUCCAUGGACGGGGUCUCUGAGGCCCAGCAGCAGCAGCAUCAGGAGGAGUUUCAGGUUUUCAGAGGCUCCACCUUCACCAUCAGCUGCUCCAUGCAGCCUCAGUACCCAGGAGGCUCCUUCCAGCUCUCCUUCGCCUCCUCCACCUCAGCAAUCAACUACACCCAGCCAGCUGUCAAUCACUCUGCUGACUUCCUGUUUCCUAACCUCACCCAGCCAGCUGUCAAUCACUCUGCUGACUUCCUGUUUCCUAACCUCACCCAGCCAGCUGUCAAUCAGUAUGCCCACUUCCUGUUUCCUGCUGCAGAGCCCGCCCACCAAGGAAACUACAGCUGUGUUUAUCACGUCCAUGUUUUCUCUCAUAACUUCUCCUCUGAGAGCCGUCAGCUCUCUGUCUCUGUUGUAGAUCCGAGACCUUUUAUCAUCAGAGCGGUCAUCCUGCCGCUGAUUCUGAUUCUGCUGAUGGCGAACAUUGCCUCUUACUUCUAUUUUAAGACCCACAGGGUCUACAGGGUCUACAGGGUGCAGAAGCCCCGCAGACGGGAGGACGUGGAGCUGGAUUAUUAUAACCUGGGUGUUCCUGCAGCUGAAGGAGGGCCGACUGAAGAAUAAGGAGCUCAGGGAGCAGAGUAGCACCUCCAAGCAGCUCGUCUCACACCCACAUGGAUUUAUAUUCACAAGUUCCCUUCAAUAAUCAGGAUUUGUUACAUUACAUUAUGUUCAAAAGACCACAACAUGUCCCUGAGCCUAUCGGUUCCUACAGAAGACCUAAAAACACCUCACUAAAGUAAGAGGUGAGAGCAGGUCUACAGAGUCCAAGCAGCCGGCACGAUUCAAAGCAAACACACAGCGACCCAGGCCGACCAGGAACAACCAGCAGGAUUAUGUUAAAUAUCUAAACACUGUUAGAGCCGGGGCUCUUAAAGCCUCCCGCACUCUGUAUUCACUUGUUUUGAGUCUUUUCUAAAAACCAAGUCUAGAACAAAAGAACCGGGGCAGUUUACCAUUUAUUAAAAGAACACAAGAAAGGAUCACAAGUGCCAAAAAGUUCCUAAAUUCACAGUUUUCUUCUGGCUGUGGGACCCACCCAGACAACAGGUUGGGCUUUGUGGCAGUUGGUCAGUUUUGUAUGGUGACUCAGUAGCCAACCCAUACUGGACACCUCGUGAUAUUUCAUUUAAAACUAGACACCUUCCCUUUCUACUUAGUAGAAUAGUUUUUAGGCCUAUGGUGUCUUGUACGUAUGGUUCUUACUGAAAUAGCUGCACCCUGAUCUGGUUCUAACUGGUUUUCAGGAAAGGUUCAGUAAGAGGGCACAAUGUGCUCUCCUAACCUAGAGCCAAAUAGAGGCAGUGAGUCUUGCUCAGUAUCUACAUCUGGAGCCACGUCGACCAUCUGUUGGUGUUUGUCCUCAAAAUAAUUAGUACGACAUCAUGAAGCUAACAGACAAAGUGGAACUUUAAACAUCAGAGGCUGUUUUCAGACCAACUUCAUCUAGUCAGUGAGGUAUGAACUUUAUGAUUUAACUUUAUGUCUCAUUUAUUGCUGUGAGUAAGAGCUCGGCAGCAGGAGCACAUUUAGCUCAACAAGAACCAAAAUAAUACAAAAAAAGAGACAAAAACAACAGAGGUCAUUUAAUCAGAAUUGACUUCAGGUUUUCCUUCAGGAUGAUCUUCUUUUUAUCAGAAAGGAUUUUACUGAUUUCAUCAGUUGAGUUUUUCUACUCAAGUAAUUUCAUUAUUUCUUGAGAAUGAGUUAUUUUUGUAUUUCAGGAUUUUUUUUAUUUCAAAAGAAGUUUCACUUAGUUGUCAAAAUGAUUUUGCUUAUCUUAUAAGAACUUUUUCAAUGUUCUAUUUUAGGAAUUUAGUUGAUUUUCUAAAUGAGGAAUUUCAUUAUUUCAUAAGAAUUUGACUU